CCAAAUUCGAAGCACCAUCCAUGUCGUUGGAGCUCCGGCCUCAUCCACGAUUGGGGUUUCCUCUCGCAUAGCCCCUGGUUGAGAUCUUGUUCUUUGCUUGUUCCCCAGACCCAAAGCCCUCUCUGUCUCGGCUCGAAUGGCGGCCGUGCCCACCUCGAAGUCUUCUGCGCUCUCCCUCAAAGAUUACCUCAGGCGGUACGAAACCGGCGCCGACGACCAGAAGAAAAAGAGAAACAAGAAGAAGAAGGACAAGCCCCAGUCCCGUACGGUUGGAGGCAUUCUUGUAGUGGACGAAGACCCCGUGUGGCAAAAGCCCGUCCAGAUUGAACAAGAAGAGUCCGAGCCUUCUGGUGAUGAAAAACCCCAAAUCGAGGAGGAUAUCGAGGUCAAACGAAUGAAGAGGUUGGACGCGAUUCGAGCACGGAAGCCCUACCACGCCAUUUCGGAAGAUGGGAGCGGUUGGGUCUCGAUCUCGGACCCAUCGAAGACUUCGAAGUCUGCGGCAAUCGGCCGUGAUAUUUGCCCGCCGCGUCAAGGCCGUGCACGGUUCGACACGCCUUCUCCAGAGCCCAAGGAGAAGCCCUCGGGUUCUCAAAACUCGGAUCUCUCCCCGCCACGGCAGAGGCGUGCAGACACACCAUCCCCGGAACCUGAGAAAGCGGUUGCUGGUGAUGGAACAGCUGAUAUUUCGCCACCUUGGAGACGGUCGCGCGAUGAUAAUUCCCCGCCAAGAAGAACCAGACGGGCCCAUAGCCCUGUCCCCGAUCUUUCUCCCCCCAGGAGAAGCCAAAAGGACCUGUCCGAUGAUCCGAAGGUAUCUAGCCGCCAACAAGAUCCGGUCGACCUUUCUCCUCCAAGGAGGCGUCAGAGGGUUUCGUCCCCUGACAUUUCCCUACCACGUCGGACCCGUCGCCUUUCCCCAGGUGCCGGGGGCCCACGAGCUUCUGACGAUGCAGAUCUUUCUCCCCCAAGAAAAAGCAGUAAGUGCCUGUCUGAUGACCUUUCUCCACCACGGCGGAUUCAUCCACAGUCACCUGAAGCUAUUAGACGUCAGAGUUCCCCCGUGGCUGACCUUUCUCCACCAAGGAAGAGCAGAAAGGAGGCACCUUCUGCAAAGGAGUCAAGAAGGGCCGGAUUGUUUUCGGCUAAAGAAAUUAAAGAAGAGAUCGAAAAGAAGAAGAAAGAGGAUACGUCUAGGUUUGCUUCUAUGGAUCCCUUUUUGAGUGGCAGAGGUGCAGAGCCAGUAUUUCGUGACAAGGAAGGAAAACGUAUUUCAAAGGAGGAGAUGUUGAAGACACAGGAAAAAGAGAAGCCUAAGGAAAAAAAGUUGGAAUGGGGUAAAGGCUUAGCACAGAAGCGAGAAGCUGAAGCUAAUGCAAAAGAGUUAGAACUUGAGAGAGAGAAACCUUUUGCUCGUACAAGGGAUGAUCCCGAGCUUGAUAAAAUGUUAAAGGAGAGGAUUAGAUGGGGUGAUCCAAUGGCACAUGUGGUCAAGAGGAAGAGCUCAGACCUAAUUUUGGAAGAUCUUGGUGACAAUGAGAAAAUGAAGGAGUCUGGAUUUAUAAUCCCUCAGACAAUUCCCAGUCACAGCUGGCUAAAACGAGGAAUAGAUUUUCCCCCAAAUCGUUAUGGGACCAAGCCUGGUCGGCAUUGGGAUGGAGUAGAUCGUAGUAAUGGAUUCGAGAAGGAAUUGUUCAAGAGGCAGAAUGAGAAGCGAGCCACAGAGCGAGAAGCGUAUCUAUGGUCGGUCUCUGACAUGUGAAGACUUGUUUACUGAUAUGUAGCACACUAAAUCUUUCCCAUGUACACUAAGAGUUGCAUAUCCCCGACAGUGCACUGUGCCUGGCCAGUUGUCAUGCAACAAUCAUGGCAUUGUGUCCAUGUGCAAUGAGGCGGUUGUUUUUGUGUCCUGUGAUGGGAGCGAUGAACUCCCACAGGCAAGAUAGUUGCAAGCUGCUUUGCUUCGAAAGUUUAGUUUCAGGGACAUCCGAUGGGCAUACGUUGCAGGCGAAUUUGGGCGAGAAGCCUGUUAAAAACUCUGAAACAAAUAAAUCCAUUGUUGGUUGCUUGCAGAGUUUGCUAUCGAGGUUAAUGUGCGCCAAACUUGUACUUGAAAUUUAUUGACUCAUCGAUGAUAAGUGUGGCAGGGUUGUGACA